AGAACAUCCCGCCUAUUUUGCGUCCAAUUUGUGAAGGUGAAAAGCUGCACUGUCUUGAACUCCGGCUAUUUUUCUUUUGCUUCUGUCUCCUCGUCAACAUCUCGCCGAUAUGUCUUUGUUUGCUGAGGUGCCGCAGGCUGCUCCCGUGGCUGUGUUUAAGCUGACCGCCGAUUUUAGAGAAGAUAAACACCCGAGCAAAGUGAACUUGGGAGUGGGAGCUUAUCGCACAGAUGAUUCCCAGCCGUGGGUCCUACCAGUAGUCCGUAAAGUCGAGCAGCAAAUUGCUGCAGAUCACAGCCUGAAUCAUGAGUACCUGCCCAUUUUGGGAUUGCCAGAGUUCAGAGCCAGUUCUUCUAAAAUUGCCCUUGGGGAAGACAGCCCUGCAAUUGCUGAGAACAGGGUGGGAGGAGUUCAGUCGCUGGGAGGCACAGGUGCUCUGAGAAUAGGAGCAGAAUUCCUGCGUCGCUGGUAUAAUGGAAAUAACAAUGUUACCACACCUGUCUACAUCUCUGCACCUUCCUGGGAGAACCACAAUGCAGUGUUUGCUGAUGCUGGGUUUAAGGAUAUCCGUGCGUACCGAUACUGGGAUGCAGAGAAACGUGGGCUGGCUUUGAAAGGAUUCCUGGAAGACUUGGAGAAUGCACCAGAGUAUUCUAUUUUUGUGUUACAUGCCUGUGCACACAACCCCACUGGUACAGACCCAACUGCAGAAGAGUGGAAACAGAUAGCUGAAAGGAUGAAGAGAAAGAAGCUUUUUGCCUUUUUUGAUUCUGCUUAUCAAGGCUUUGCCUCAGGGGACCUGGACAAGGACGCCUGGGCAGUGCGCUACUUUGUUUCCCAAGGCUUUGAGAUUUUUUGUGCUCAGUCAUUUUCCAAAAAUUUUGGGUUAUACAAUGAGAGAGUGGGAAAUCUUACGGUAGUAGCCAAGGACACAGACAACGUCUUGAGGGUUCUUUCUCAAAUGGAGAAAAUUGUGCGAACAACUUGGUCGAACCCUCCUUCUCAGGGAGCUCGGAUUGUAGCCACUACACUGAACACCCCAGCACUCUUUGCAGAAUGGAAAGACAAUGUGAAAACUAUGGCAAACCGUGUUUUGUUAAUGAGGUCACAGUUGAAGGCAAAGCUACUUGCGUUGGGAACUCCAGGGACCUGGGAACACAUUACGCAGCAGAUUGGCAUGUUCAGUUUUACUGGCCUCAACCCUAAACAAGUGGACUACCUUAUCAAGGAAAAGCACAUCUACUUGAUGGCCAGCGGGCGCAUAAAUAUGUGUGGUCUUACCACAAAGAACAUUGAUUAUGUGGCUGAGUCAAUCCACGAGGUAGUUACAAAAAUACAAUAGAAUUUUAUAUCUGCAAGAUCUCACCUCGUUUUUAGAAUGCCUGAAUUCGCAUACAUUAUUCAAUUCUGUGGUUAUAUAACUAAUUAAACAGAAAAUUUUAAUAUGCAGGGAGCAUGACUGCAUCACUAGUAAGCUUUGUCUGUGUGUGUUGUUGCAUUCAGUCUUAAGAGAUUUCAAAAAGUACUGUAUUCUGCAAAAUAUCAAAGAAAUUAGUACAGAAACAAAUAUAUAAGACUUUUAGCAUCCUCUUCUUCUACUUCUGAAUCCAUACCACAAAAUAAAAAAUGUUGGUGUUUAGACAGACAGAAAACAAAAAUUACUUAUUAAUUCUGGUCAUUUUUAUCAAUAGCCAAAGGUAUAUGUUUUUUGUUUGUUUGUUUGUUUUCAUCCAUUUGCAGAAACUUGACAAUAACUGGUUUAAUUAAUGAAAUGUAUCUUAAGUUGAUCAUUUCAAAUGAGCUCUAAACAAACUGCCCAGAUUUGUACACAUCUCGCUCAAGAACAAAUGCUCCAUUUACUAUAGCUUCAGGUGCUGCACACCCGCGCAGUUUGAAUUGUACAUCCAGGUUAUGAC